UUAUUGUAGUUUAUUAUAUUAGAUCGCAGCUUCCACAUGGCCCCGGAAUAUGUGCCAUUAGCAUCCUUUGCUAAUAUUCCCUCUGCCGUUCAAUUUGACGCCAACGAGGAUUUCCAAAAGCAAACGCAUCAACAGAAGCUGGACAAACCAUUUUUGGGCUUCAAGAAGCGUUCCUACGUGACGACUAGUGUCAAGAUGGAUACAAUGCGUGAACGGGAGUUACUCAAGACGCUGUUGGUGGAUAAGUCCAGCAGCUUUUCGAACAGCACGAUACCCGAUUGCAUCUGCUACCGCGACCUAGCCUCGCUGACCGACGAGGAUCUGCAAUUAUUUGGUUUCAAACCGGAGCAGCACCGCGCUGAGAUGCUGCAAAUAUUUGCCGAAAUGGGCAACCAGGAUCCCAGCUAUGAUUACCUUUGCAAUUCGGAAAUGGCCAAAGAAUACAACUCUCAGAUCAUAGGCAAAGCCACAGAACAUACCAUGGCGCUGUGUUCCUCCUUUGAGAACGCCAAUUCCAGGAUGAAAAUGAUGCCCGUGGAAGAUCUUGUUGUCGGGGAUAAGCGCUAUGCCAGUCGCUUUGCACUGGAGACAUUGGAACAGAUGUCCAAGGAUCUAAAGAAGAUUGAGAAAACUGUCAAUGAGUUGCAGAAGAUAGAUGAUAACCAGGCCAAUGGAGGCACCAAGAAGAAAAAGUUAAAAUUCGUCACUUGCGCUUACUAUGCAGCCAUGGCUUUGGGCUUGUCCUGUGCCUGGUUUUGGUGGUGGUCUAAGCAUAAUGGAUCUGCACGACUCGACAGGAUCUCGCUAUCGACUUGAAUAUAAUCUAUGCACUCCAUUCCCUUUGGAAACAGAUUGCUUUCCAGCUUCUCAUAGAUUUCGAUAUUUUUAAGUGGAAAACGUGAGCAUAUAAAAAGUGUAUUAACAAAUUGUCUACAGACAUGACAAGAAUAGCCAUAUAGCACCAUACAUAUAAUCUCUGCAGCAUUCCCCUUGGAAAAAUAUGACUUUCCAAAAC